AUGGCCUCUCCUAACCAUACAAUUACCAGUCACACGGUAUUCAUCUUGGUUGGCAUCCCUGGACUAGAAGCCCAGCAUUUAUGGAUAUCUAUCCCCUUCUGCUUCUCCUAUCUAGUUGCUCUGAUUGGCAACAGCCUCCUAAUUUUUGUCAUCAGCAAUGAACGCAGCCUUCAUGAGCCCAUGUACUUUUUCCUCUCCAUGCUUGCUGGGACAGACCUCAUCCUCUCUAACACAGUUUUGCCCAAGGCUUUGGCCAUCUUCUGGUUUCAGGCUGGAGAGAUCUCCCUGGAUGGAUGUGUCACUCAGAUUUUCUUCAUCCAUUCUACAUUCAUUGCUGAGUCAGGAAUCUUGCUGGCAAUGGCAUUUGAUCGCUAUGUGGCCAUCUGUGACCCACUGAGAUAUGCUGCUAUACUCAGCCACAGAAUAAUAGGAUAUGUUGGUCUCACUAUCAUUGUGAGAAGUUUUUGUGUGAUUCUUCCUGACGUGUUUCUGGUCAAGAGGUUACCUUUCUGCCGCAGCCGAGUACUCCCCCACACCAACUGUGAGCAUAUGGCUGUGGCUAAAUUUGCUUGUGCUGACAUCCGUGUAAAUGUCUGGUAUGGUCUGUCUGUCCUCCUUUUCACUGUGGUGUUGGAUGCCCUGCUCAUAGCCAUUUCCUACAUCCUCAUACUGCGAGCUGUCUUCCGCCUCCCAUCUCAGGGUGCCCGUAGCAAAGCUUUGAGCACAUGUGGUUCCCACCUUGGGGUCAUCUCCAUGUUUUAUUUUCCAGGUAUUUUCACUAUUAUCACUCAGAGGUUUGGGCAACAUGUGCCCCUUCACACCCACAUUCUCCUGGCCAAUGUCUGUGUGCUGGCUCCUCCUGUGCUGAAUCCCAUUAUUUAUGGGGUGAAAACUAAGCAAAUACGGGAGCGUGUGGUUAAUUUCCUAUUCUCAAAGGGAAAGUAG